AUGUCUUCCGCAAACCGAAAAAUGACUCGUGGAGGACGCGCAUGGAGUGAACAAGAGGAUGCGUUCCUCAUGCAGACUCGUGAAAACAAGAUGCCGUACAAGCAGAUUGCCCAUCAACUUCACAAAACAGAGCUGGCUUGUCGGCUGCAUUUUCACCAGCUAGUCCGCAACAGUGCUCGUGGUCGCCGAAACCGAGGCUCGGUGUCUUCCAUGUCAGAUCUCUCGCCUGAAAUGGAUGCCGCAGGGCCCUCUUCUUCAGCUUUCCGCAGAAGACGGGUACCACACAAAAGGACUGAGAGUGACAGCUCGAUGUCGACUAUAUCUAGCCGCGAAUACUACCUUCCCAGGAUCACGGAGUCCGGUGGCGACCCUGCUAGACAGCACAUCAUCCUGCCGCGGCCCGCAGCCAUGACUGAUGACCCUGCGUACACCACCAACCGAACAGCAUGGCGUCCUCACAGCGUGGCCGAGGAAUUUGCCCCCUUUCACGACCAUCAUUCCCAUCAUUACCAUCACAGAACACCAUCUCUGCCACCUCAAAGAGAGAUGGUGCCUCUCCCUUUGCCGUCGACUGCGGCUGACAUGCCGGUGCAAGUCGACCUCCCGCGCCUCCAUGCCAUCUAUGACGCUCACCGUGGCGCCUUCUGGAACCACAUUGCGAGCGAGUAUGGCUACAACACGUCCCCGGAGACGCUAGAGGAUGCGUGGAGGACUGGUGUAUAUAACGGCGUGCAGCACUAUCCUUAUCCUUCCUUUAAUCGUCCCAUGACACCAGUGAGUAGUCCUGAGGUCGAGAGGAGGCACCAUAGCGUGGAUCGGACGAGAAUUUCGUCAAUCAUAUCCGGGGAUGAUGACGCUUCUCAUGCUGAUAGACGAUAA